CGGCGGAGCCUGAAGUCGCGUUCCUCAGCCGCUGCGCUGUAGACGAGCGAACCGAGGCGGCCUGCGACCUUGCGCAGCGCCGGGCAGGCACGAUGGCAGACGACCGGGAUCCAGCCACCGACCAGAUGAAGCUCUGGAAGGAGAAGCGGGGCUCGCAGAAAGCCGAUGUCCUGACCACCGGAGCUGGUAAUCCAGUAGGAGAUAAACUCAAUGUUCUUACAGUAGGGCCCCGUGGGCCCCUUCUUGUUCAGGAUGUGGUUUUCACUGAUGAAAUGGCUCACUUUGACCGGGAGAGAAUUCCUGAGAGAGUCGUGCAUGCCAAAGGAGCAGGGGCUUUUGGCUACUUUGAGGUCACACAUGACAUUACCAGAUACUCCAAGGCAAAGGUGUUUGAGCACGUUGGAAAGAGGACGCCCAUCGCAGUUCGCUUCUCCACUGUUGCUGGAGAAUCGGGCUCUGCUGACACAGUUCGUGACCCUCGAGGGUUUGCAGUGAAAUUUUACACGGAGGAUGGUAAUUGGGAUCUUGUUGGAAAUAACACCCCCAUUUUCUUCAUCAGGGAUGCCUUAUUGUUUCCGUCUUUUAUCCACAGCCAAAAGAGAAACCCUCAGACGCACCUAAAGGAUCCGGAUAUGGUCUGGGACUUCUGGAGCCUACGUCCUGAGUCUCUGCAUCAGGUUUCCUUCCUGUUCAGUGAUCGAGGGAUUCCAGAUGGACACAGGCACAUGAAUGGGUAUGGGUCUCAUACGUUCAAGCUGGUGAAUGCGAAAGGAGAGGCAGUGUAUUGCAAAUUCCAUUAUAAGACUGACCAGGGCAUCAAAAACCUUUCUGUUGAAGAUGCAGCAAGACUCGCCCAUGAAGAUCCUGACUAUGGCCUCCGGGAUCUUUUUAACGCCAUUGCCACAGGCAACUACCCCUCCUGGACUUUUUACAUCCAGGUCAUGACAUUUAAUGAGGCAGAAACUUUUCCAUUUAAUCCAUUUGAUCUUACCAAGGUUUGGCCUCACAACGAGUACCCUCUAAUCCCAGUUGGUAAACUGGUCUUAAACCGGAAUCCAGUUAAUUACUUCGCCGAGGUUGAACAGUUGGCUUUUGAUCCAAGCAACAUGCCACCCGGCAUUGAGCCCAGCCCUGACAAAAUGCUUCAGGGCCGCCUUUUUGCCUAUCCUGACACUCACCGCCACCGCCUGGGGCCCAACUAUCUUCAGAUACCUGUGAACUGUCCCUACCGUGCUCGAGUGUCCAACUACCAGCGCGAUGGCCCCAUGUGCGUGCAGGACAAUCAGGGAGGAGCUCCAAAUUACUACCCCAACAGCUUUGGGGCACCGGAGCAGCAGCCUUCUGCCCUGGAACAUAGGACCCACUGUUCUGGGGACGUGCAGCGCUUCAACAGCGCCAGCGAUGAUAACGUCACUCAGGUGCGGGCUUUCUAUUUGAAUGUUCUGAAUGAAGAGCAGAGGAAGCGCCUGUGUGAGAACAUCGCCGGCCAUCUGAAAGAUGCACAACUUUUUAUCCAGAGGAAAGCGGUUAAGAACUUCAGUGAUGUCCAUCCUGACUAUGGGGCCCGCGUCCAGGAUCUUCUGGACAAAUACAACGCCGAGAAGCCUAAGAACGCUAUUCACACUUAUGUGCAGCAUGGGUCUCACCUGGCUGCAAAGGAGAAAGCUAAUCUGUGAGGGUCGGAGGCCCUGAUCCCGCACCACGUUGCCGUCUGCCUAUGAAGCAAAGCAGUAUUCACGUACGUCCCCACUCAUCGCUGGAUGGAAGAUGCUCCUGUGCAAAUGCAAGUUUAUGUCUGUAACCUGAUAGCCCAGAUUUCCAUAGCAAAUAAUGUGAUAAUGGCUUGUAAUGCUGUAUUCCUAGGGGUAAAUGACCAGAAUGAAAGUUUCUAGCAGAAAUAUGAUUUUAUUUGAUAAGAAAAAAUCUUGAUGAAAUUAAUAUGUUUACAUAUCAUCUCAUGGCCUAUUGUAUAAAAAUGUGACUGUGAUUAUGUAAGAAGAAAAGGUAAAGAUAAUCCGCUGAGAAAUUUUAAUUUCCUAAGUUCCUUAUAGGAAGGACACGUCAGUGUCUUUUGAAAAUAACUUCGGUACCAUCAUGGCUUAAAGGUUAUUCCUGUUUGGAAGUGAUCAGAUUUUUUAAAACUUGGAAUUACAUUUAUGCUAACAUAGCAUUGAUUUUGCAACAGACUGAUUUGUAAUUGCUUACCUUUUUACAAUAAAAUAAUCUGUAAAUAAA